UGCGGCAAGAGCUUUGGCCAGAGCUCGGACCUGGCCAAGCACCAGCGGCUGCACGCUGGCGAGCGGCCCUACACCUGUGCCAAGUGCGGCAAGAGCUUCAGCUGGAGCUCCGACCUGGUGGUCCACCAGCGCAUCCACACCGGCGAACGGCCCUACAAGUGCCCCCAGUGCGGGAAGAGCUUCAACCGUAGCUCCAACCUCAACACCCACCGGCGGACCCACCUGGGCGAGCGGCCCUACGCCUGCGGCGAGUGCGGCAAGAGCUUCAGCUACAGCUCGGCCUUCCUCAAGCACCAGCGGACCCACAGCGGGGAGAAGCCCUUCACCUGCGCCGGCUGCGGCAAAACCUUCUUGGAGAGCUCAGCCCUCCUCCGGCACCAACGCAUCCACAGCGGGGAGACCCCCUACCGCUGCCCCCACUGCGGGAAGAGCUUCAAGCAGAGCUCGUCCCUCGUCACCCACCAGCGCACCCACACCGGGGAGAAGCCCUACAAGUGCGGCGACUGCGGGAAGGGCUUCGUCAUUAGCUCGGCCCUCGUCAGGCACCAGCGAGUCCACCUGGGAUAG